ACUCACACAAGGUGCGGUCAGUUCAAAACUGUCCAAAAAAUCGUCUGGCGGCUACUUCCUAUAUCUGGAAACAGUUUAAGUUAUCUCUACAGAGUACUCAACAAGUUUCCGAUUCCUAGUGGGGUUUUUGUGUUACUCCCAACCUUUCCAGAAAUAUGGAAUUGCUUCAUAAAGAUCUAGUCACUUUGAUAUAAUUCUUUAGCAGCCAGCAAAUGUCUGGGUUACCGAACCUCACACCAAUAAGUUCAUAUCCAAGUCGUUUUCCAUUUAAUUCUGUUAGUCUGACCGAAGUUCCCGACAGUGCAGAAAUAUGUUUGUGUUGCGCUUUCUUACCUUGAAAGUGGAGAAGGUCGCACCUCAAAUAACAGAAGUUUCUGAAGCUCAGAACAUAACGGUUGUGUCACGUUUAUCUCCCUAUAAAGGGAUUCAGUACACUCGCCCAACUCAUAACUUUAUUACUACCCCUCCUCGAGAUUCGGUUGUUUCUACUGGCUCUGUUGUUGUGAUUCGACCAAUUGGCAAUGCUUCCACUCCAAUAAAUGUAACUACUGCAGCUUCUUCAACAGGUCUAAAAAUCACUCCUAUUGUUCCCUUAAAAAUAUCCUCGAUUGAAUCCACAUCAAAUGUAUCUCGUUCAAAUUCUAUACCAACUCAAAUACGAAAUACUGUGGUGUCAUCCUCUGCAAGGGCGAGCAACCUCAUUACUCAUUCUGUUCGUCCUCAAAAUGUUCAGUCAGGAAGUACUGCACUUAAUGAUGUCUCUGAGAAACUCAAAACCAUUGAUGAGAAACAAACGUCUCAACGUAAUGUUAUCAGAGAGAUGCAGGUUAGAGUUCCAAACAAGAAGGACAAAAGAUUUAGUGUAUUGCGUUUCCAUGCAGCUGACAGGCUUGAUUUAUCAUCAGCCCCUGAAGUUUUUAUGCAACGUGAAAAUAAUCUUAAGGCUUAUCGGAGUUUAUACAAUACAACCGAAAUGCCAGACACUGGUGCUGGUAGUGAAUUCGGUCGCGAAGCUAAAGAAGAGGCAAGAUUAAAAAAAUUUGGUGUUGUACGAGAAAGCUAUAAGCCAGAUGAUCAACCUUGGCUAAUGACGGUUGGAAAAGGCAAGGCUAAUCGCCGUCGUUUUAGAGGAGUUCGAGAAGGUAGUGUGUCAGAGAAUGUCGAAUAUUUUGUAUUUUGCCAGUGCAAAGAUGGUAAUUUCGAUGCUUAUCCGGUAAAUGCUUGGUACAAGAUGAAACCGGAAAUAAGUUAUCGUUUUCUUCGAGAAGAUGAAGCUGAAGCAGAAUAUAGCCGCCUACACAAAACCCUCAACUUAUUUAACGUUAUGGUUAAACGGAAACUCACCGAUAACGUUAGCGACGAUGAAACAAACAUGGAUCGAGAAAUUUCGAAGGGAUUAAAGUUUCUAACUUCCCUCGGAGACUCCAAUUCAAAUCAGCGAAAUUCAACAGAAGUAAAAACUAAGGAUCUGAAGCCUGAAAACACUUUAAAGCUUACUGAUUUGGAAGAAUUGGACAGUGGUAGUGAGGCUGAUGAUGACGAUGAUGAAGAUGAUCUGGGUGAUGAUAAUCGCUUGAAAAAUCCGAACGCCGAUCCACUCAAAGCAGAAGAAGGUCCAAGUUCUAGUAAAGGGAAAGGUCUCUUGUUUGAAGAUCCUGAUGAUCGUAAUAAAGGUGGAUCUAAAGGUGGUUUACUAAAGACGUCCGAACGCACUCGCCUUGCUAAAAAGAAGCAGCGUGCAGCUGCUAUUGUUACAAAAAUGAGACGUGGUGUUAAAAGGCGUAAACGAAAACCUAUUAAUAUGGGCUCCUCCGAUGAAGAAGAUGAUCCAGACGAAGAAGCACAAGAUGAGAGUGAAUUAGACGAUCACGAAGGAGAUGAGGUAGAUUACAUGACUAAUUCAUCAUCAGAUGAAGAGAAAUUAUCUAGUGAAGAACGCGAGAAAAUAUAUGAAGAAACUGGUGUUGAUGAGGAAGUCGCCCUGAAAACUCUACUUACUGACAUCAGUAGUGAAGAAGAGGAAAAGUCUGAAGAUGACAUGCAAGACGUAGAGGAAAAUCCACCUGUUGAUGAUGAGGAUAAUAUCUUUUCUAAGAGACGUAGUGAAAUAGAUGAUAUGACAAAACCUCAAAGAAAUAAUUUCCAAAAGGGUACAAAACAUUCAAUAUCCAUUCAUAAAUCAGAUGAUAGAUUAGAGGCCACUGCAAAAUCUCAUCGUAGUCAUAAAAAGCGUCAAGACAACGACAAUGACAGUGGAUCAUCAUCAAGUUCGAGUUCUUCAUCGGCUGAUGAUUCUUCUACAUAUUCUUCAUCUGAUUCCGACCUUGACAACCGGCUUAAAUCAAUACAGAAAAAUGCGAAAAAAGCUGAAGUGUUGCAAAAACUCUCAGAAACCAUUCAUGCACCUUCACUUUCAUCUGGAAUUAAUAGUGGUAGCAGUCCAAUUGACAAUCAACCAGUAAGCUGUGGCAAUAAUUCAAAUUUAAAACGUUUACCUACUGAUUUAUCUGCAUCUGUUAAUUCAGACACCUCAGCAGAUUCACCCGCUGCAAAAAAAUCGCGAAAUGACACACCAUCUGGUACAUCAACAAUUUCAACUGACAAUGAAUUAGUAAAUACUGUACGUAAAUACUUAAUGAGAAAGCCUAUAACAGUUCGAGAAUUAUUAAAGAAAAUUCGUCUACGUAAAUUGGUUGGUAAAAAUGAAGAUGCACAAACAGUAUUGGCUAAUGUAUUACGUCAGCUGAGACCUAUCAAACAGACAAUUAAUGGACAACACGCUUUAUCUUUAAAACAUUAAUUGUCUGAAAUAAAAGUUCUAUUUUUAAAAAAAUUGCAUGUAUAGACAUUGCUUCUUCUUUUCCUGGUUAUAUUUAUAUAUUUUUUAAUAAUGAAAAGAAAUAUAUGUAUAUUUGUACACAAGAAAUGUACAUGUAUUUUUAAUAAUUUAUUUGAACAUAUUCAUUGUGUAUUCUUUAACAAAACAUUUUUUGGAAUAGUCGUCUUUCUCUACAAAUUACUUAUAGUUUGUGUUUGAAGUUUGCCUGGCUAUAAUGUGUGUUUGACUGCACUUUUAGUAUGAAGUCAUACGUUUGUCUUAACUGGUGCGAAUAUAUUUCGAGUUGAGUGGGUAAUUUCUUUUAAUAGUCACUUAAAGUACAAUACUCUUUCCGUAGGUUACUAGCGUUUUAUCAUAGAUGUCCUGGGAUCAUUGCCCGCUUGUGGUGAGACAACUGAGUAUGCAAUGUUGAGGUUGGACACAUGGUUCUAGGUAAGAAUGACGAGUCGGUUUACGAGGUAGUUAUUUGUUAUUGAUUGAGUAGAUAGGAGAAUGUGUUAGGGUACGGCCAAACGAAAACAUGGCAUUGACAGUUGAACUGAGCUGUGUAGGUAGGUGCAGUCUAUUUUGCUAUAAUCGGCGCAUUAUCCUAGAUCAGCGGUUAGAGACGCUGGAUUAUAUGUCUCGGGACCAUUCAUUCUUUUUUCUUUCACUAGGUCUUGGGUUUUACUAUUAUACACUUUGUCGGGCUGGAGUUAUUUUCAGCAAAUUAUAUUGGGAAAUUCUCGUUAUGACCUGCUAAGUUUUUAAAAAUCAGGACUUUUGUUGCAUCAUCUACGACACUUAAUUGAUGUACUUUGAUUAUAUCUGAAUUGGGAUGUAACAAAGCUUGUUUUAUAAUUAGAAAACAGACUACAAACUAGAUAACGUCCUUCUGUGUUCAGCCGUUUCAUAAGAUGUUUUUCAUGCUACUUAUUAUUACCGAGUAGUGUAAAUAUUGUUUGUG